GCCUGCGGAAUUGUUCUGUCACACACACUCGAUUUCGCGCAACUACAAUUCACAAAUGAGAUCACCACAUGCUCUACCUACACGAGCUAUUACGGUAUUGUUAGCGUGAAACAAAUGAGUAAUUUGUCUGACCCGAUUAUUUCGCCCUUCGCAACCUGUUCCAGGCUCACAAUCCCUCCCCACCUCCUGGACGACGUUAUGGAUGUCGAGUUCAAUGUAUACGUCACCCGCAAGACCUUUGUGGAGGAGCUCCUGCGAUAUCGUGAAGGUGCUAUCAUUGAGUAUCCACGCACAAGUAGCACUGGCAGCAUUGGGCAUCUAUUCAAGGUUCCAGCAGAGCAGUGGACUAAUCCAUCAGCCAGCUUUGCAUAUGCGCAGGGUUCUCCACGAGGCCGCUCACCGAGGACAAAGCCGGUCUUCUGCAAUGUGCUACGGGACUCUAUAGGGAAUAUGGUACCUUGUCAGGAGUCUCAUUCGACUUGUCAGGGGUGCAAAAUAUGCCCAAGAGCAAGUGAUUCACUCUUCGAAAGCUCGCAUACAUUUGCAACGCGCCAGGAUAUCAAAAAUCGACUCCGUCUUGAUCGCGAGCAGCAUGCGUUGUCUGCAACACCCCUACGCACUGUCUUUGAACGAACACUGAGUCGGAUUGCGGCUUAUCGCAAAUAUGGCUGUGGUGCAGCUGUAUAUGGUGCAGAUGGCUAUUUGAAUGAGUCAGAUGAGGUCUGGGUUGAUCAUCUUGAGCUUCGUGCGGCUCACGAGAAGGCUCGCCGAGGGUAUCAGCCCUCUGAACAAGUGAAAUGUGGAGGCCGGCUUCUGUUCAUGUAUGACUUUGAUGGCGAGCCAUUUCUGCACAUUCGAGACGGCUCCUACGAUCUUGAGUACCUGGAAGCAGUCUUGACAAACAACUAUGACACUGUUUCACGCCUUGAGGCCUUGGCAGAAAUGGCAGGAUAUGGACCUCUGUCGCCGUGUAACACGCUAGUAAACUUCACUUCUAAUCGUGUCCAUUGUCCCUGUGAACACCGUGAUGACAAUGAUUGCCUUAUUCCACAGGAAAUGCUUCCUAUACCAUGUAAGAGCAGACUACAAGUUUUCGAGCCUCUGCCGGAGUAUCGUGAUACUUGCCCGUACGUUCUCGUUGUCUGCACCCACGAACAUUCACAUCCAGUACCACUCCCGACAAAGACACCUGCACAUAUUCGCAAGAUUAUAUUUGAUCUACUUGUCUCUGUAGGGCAGGAACUGCCCGAUCUGACACCUCGACGCUUCCUGCGUCAUUCUGUCGUACAGGCACAACUUCGCGAUCUUCUACCACAUUCAUACAUUAAGCAGGCCAAGAACCUUCAUUUUCCAGACGGGACGGGAUGGAAUGGACUCCGGCACUGGAAGCAUAUACAAGAUACCACAUUCAAGCCCGAAGAUAUAUAUGUACGGUACAUGGCUGAAUUCCCAUCUUCGCAUGCACUUCUGCAGCUGCACGCAGAGGUCGACGAGGCAAGCGAGUGCGAAGAACAACCGAAUCUACGUGUUGUCAUUUGCAUGACGCCGGCUCAGAGCUGGCGUCUGCUUCGCGCGCAGUAUCUACAGAGUGAUAUUGCGUUCAAGCGGGUGUCUGGAUACAAGGAGUUUGAGCUGGGCGGCUGGGAUCACGAGAACAGAACUGCGAUCAUUUUCUGUCGUGUUCUCCUGACGCGGGAGACUGCAGAAGUCCAUCGUUUCAUAUUUGACAAGAUUGACGAGAUUGUGAAGGCCGACACCGGGUCGAUGUUGCAAUGGCGACAUUUACAUUCAGCAUCUCUCGACCAGUAUGUCGGUGUUCUCCAGUUGACGGCUGACCAGCACCUCGGGCAGGCAAAAGGGUUUGGUCUGUACCUCUGGCAUCGCGCUCAGGCUCUGCCACCUACACCUGACCUGCAUGAGCCUGAUCGUCCAAUAUCAUCGUUAUCGCCUUAUGAGCACCUGCAUCGAAUCUUUCGCCUGUGCACUGUACAUGUAUUCCGCAAUAUCAAAACAUCUCCGGUUGCAGAUGAUGUCAAAGCACUCAUGCGAAGCCUAGUUUGUCUGGAGCACGAGGAUUGGGAGGGUACAAUAGAGGCUAUACGAGAGCAGGGUGGUCGGGUAGCAGCCAAUUGGAUCGAAGACAAGCUUCGCAGCAAAUUUGCAUUCGAGGGUAUGUGCUGGGAGAAGAGUUUUAUUCCGCAGGAUAUUUGGCAGGCGGGAGAGCGUCACAGUAACCUCAUUGAAUCACAACAUGCCGAUGCGAACAGAGAAGGUACAAAAUGCAGCCUACUUGGUGGGAUUGUCCGUGGUAGGCAUCUUGAUGUAUUGAAGAUCAAGACUCUCGUGGCUUCUGAAGACGUCGGGGUGCGCCCAUCAUUCCAGAUUCAUGAUGGUACUCGGAAAGCUUUCCAAGCAUUGAAAAGGCAGCAGAAGGGCCGCCGUAAGGCACAUAUAAGUCAAGACACGAAGAUUCUGUCAGUACAGAAACAGCUCACAAGGAAGACGAAGGCCCUUGACGCUGCUCGUCGUCGGUUACACACCAGGGUGACUAGUGGCAGUCGUUUUGAUGCUGCCAAAGCGGAACGUGCUGUGGUCAACGCCAAGAAGGCAUAUACACAGGCAGUCGAGAAUGCUGCCGCUCUGAUGGAUAGUGGAUCAGGCAGGAUUACCACAUCCAUAGUACCUCUUGUCGAGCGAGGUUUGCAUGAAUGA